UCUUUAAGCAUAUGAACUUUGGUCUCUUCUCCGAGUUUCUCAAAAUUUAGCUCAUCGUCGUUAGCUUUACGGUGAUGGCCAUUCAGGAUCGCCCUACUCUUUGAAAAGUCGCUCACAGAUGAGAAAAAUGACUGGCAAAGGAAAGUAGGAUGAAAAACGGAUACAAAAGGAAGGAAUUAAGUCAUUCGAUCGAUAUCUCAGGUCAUGACUCGCCGCAAAGGAGCUUUGUGUGUGGAGCGCAUAAGGCUUGGGGAUAACUGACUGCCCUCCGGACCUUGAGUCGUAAAUUGUUCAAAUUUUACCCAAACUGUCGUUUAAGUACUGGACCAAUUCAUAAUAUACAGCUUCUCGAUCGCGUCAAAACUACACGAUUUCGACCAAGGCAAUGACUCAACAAAGGCUAAUUCGUUGGCACCGUGAAAAAUCGCUCAUUGCUAUUGUAAAAUAAAUUUAAGCGGAAUUUUACUAUGAAAUUGCCUAAACUAUGCUAUACUACUACUCAACCAAGCCAUAAUUUCAACUAUGGCAAAAUUGGAAUUAUCGUUGUAAGAAUUCUCAAGAGGUCAAGUUCUUGACAUAUCUGAAGGCAAAUUCCUGAAAUGAAUGACCAAUUUAAAAUUUUGCCACGAUUGGCGGUUAAAUAACUUCCCCCAUCCAGUCUAAGUUUAUAAUUUCGUCAGCUGCUUCUGAGGAAAUAAGAAUCUAGAACGACGCACAAAUUAAACACCGAGUCUUAUGACCUGAGCACGUUGACCUAAGAACAGCAGUUUAUUUAUUCGUACCGUCAUCACUGAACACAUGGCGGGCGCUGGGAGAGCGGUAACAUUUAGCGCGGCGUGUCGCAACGCGGCGCCCAUAGCACAAGUUCUGGAAGCUGUCAUCAAAGAUUACCUUACGGACACCCCAUCGCCGGUGAAGAUUUUAGAAAUCGCAUCGGGCACGGGGCAGCACGCCGCACAUUUUGCUAAUCAAAUGCAAAACGUCGUCAUUCAACCGACGGAGUUUGAUAAGCGAUAUUUGCCCAGCAUCGCGACCUAUGCCAGCGACCACACGACGUUCAAUAACGUCCUCCCACCCCUGCACGUCGACAUCACCAAGGAUCCCGAUGAGUGGCCUCGCGGUCCACUGAGCGGCAGCUCAUACGACCUGCUGCUGUGUGUGAACAUGAUCCACAUCUCGCCCUAUAGCUGCACUGAAGGCCUCUUCAGAGCUGCUGGGAAGGUGCUCAGGCCUGGAGGCCUUCUUGUCACUUAUGGCCCAUACUCCGUAGACGGCGUCAUCGAGCCUGAGAGCAACGUUCGCUUCGACCAGAACCUUAGGUCCCAAGACCCAAGCUGGGGACUGAGAGACACGCAGGUGCUGAAGCAAGAGGCCCUCAAGAACGGCCUCCUGUACUGCAGGAUGUUCGACAUGCCCGCUAACAACAAGACGCUCGUCUUCCGCAAGCAAUAGUCUUGGUGGUCAAAACUCGUGUACUACAACGGAUCAACAUUGAUGCAGGAAAUUCUCCUUAGAUUUUCGACAAACACUUGAUCGGACUUGCGUUCCUUGUAUAACAUAACAUAUUAUAGUGAUGUCGGCGCUGAAGGCUAGGCCUGAU